CUCUCUCUCUCUCUCUCCUCUCUCUCUCUCUCUCUCUCUCUCUCUCUCUCUCUCUCUCUCGUGUGUGUGUGUGUGAGUGCAGACCAGAAAAUGUUCUCCCUGUUAGUUCAACCAAGCAUGAAGAGCACUUUGACAGACCGGCCUUGGUCUGUUUUCAAGAAUCUGUCUUCUGCUCCAUUCCCAGACUCAUUUUCUGUGAAGCCAAAUGCUUCCUCUUUGCACUCAUUACCCAUUCUUGACCUGAAAUUUAAACCCCUUAGGAGAAUUCAAAGGCUACCUACUGCUGCAGCUGCCACAGAAUUGGCUCCAGAAGAAACGCCUGCUGAGAUUUCAGACUCUCAACAACCUGAGGUGGGGGGAGUGGAGGUGAAAUCCGUCGUGAAACCGAGGCUAGUGUUGAAGUUCAUUUGGAUGGAAAAGAACAUUGGUCUUGGGCUGGAUCAAAUCAUACCAGGCCAUGGAGCUGUGCCUCUGAGUCCUUACUUCUUUUGGCCAAGGAAAGAUGCAUGGGAAGAGCUCAAGGCUACUCUAGAGAGCAAACCCUGGAUAUCACAGAAGAAAAUGAUUAUACUUCUUAACCAGGCCACUGAUAUUAUCAAUCUCUGGCAACAGAGCGGUGGCAAUCUGUCCUAAACACGCUUCUAGUAUCACCCAUUUGUGACAAUUUUCGGGUUCAUGUUGUAAUAUUUGUCUUUGAGUUCUGAAUUCAGCUACAUUAUUGAUUUGUACGUUCUAUUUUAACUACGGCCUAUUGUUUUAUAAUGUGGAAUUUGGACUUGUUUUCGUUUC